AUUUUCUAUUUACGGAGAAAAAGAAAAAGAAAAGAAAAAAAGGGAAAAAGUUGAAAACCCGUGUAUCUGGGAGAAUUUGUAUGGCAUGAGGAGGAGGUGAAUCAAAUCUUCCAUACCCUGCGAAAACCCUAAUUUCGUGCUCCAAGGGGCCACGUCCAACACCAAAGUCUUUCGAAGACGAUGAUGCAUAACUCAACCGACGAUUCGGAAUGGGAAGUGAGACCUGGUGGUAUGCUCGUCCAACGAAGAGACGACGACGCUGCCUCCUCCGACCAACCUCUCCAGGAUCCCGACUCUGCUUCCGCCGUUUUUGCUCAGACGAUUAGGAUUUUCGUUUCCCAUGGCUCAUCUCAGCACGAUCUUCAUGUCUCUGCGCACGCCACUUUUGGGGAUGUGAAGAAAGCCCUUGUCCAGAAAACUGGGCUAGAGGCUAGUGAGCUGAAGAUCUUGUUCAGGGGAGUUGAGAAAGAUGACGCUGAACAAUUGCAAGCUGCUGGUGUUAAGGAUGGGUCUAAGCUUGUCCUCGUGGAGGAUCCUAAUAAGAGAGUGGAACAAGUUGAACAGCCUCCAGUGAUGACCGAAGAGAUGGCAAAGGCAAUUGCUGCAGUUGGCGCAGUCACAGGAGAAGUCGAUAAGCUCUCGGAUAGGGUUGUUGCUUUAGAGGUUGCUGUGAAUGGAGGGACUAAAGUUGCAGUGGAGGAGUUUGACAUGACUGCAGAGUUUCUCAUGAGGCAGCUGCUCAAAUUGGAUGGCAUUGAGGCAGAAGGGGAAGCUAGAGUACAGCGAAAGGCAGAGGUACGUAGGGUCCAAAAGUUGCAGGAGGUUGUGGAUACGUUGAAGGCGAGAUAUUCAAAUCCUUUUGUGGAUCAGAGCAAAGCCGCAGCUGUAAGCACGGAGUGGGAAUCUUUUGGAAACGGUGUUGGAAGUUUGAACCCUCCUCCUCCAGCUUCUCCUUCUGCCAAUGUAACUCAGGAUUGGGAGAAAUUUGACUGACAUUUUAUUAUUGUUAUGCUGCCAAAAAAAUAGAAUUGGCUUGUUCCUUUUUCCUUUAUGGACAAAUGACCAUUUUGAACAAAAAAAAAAAAAUCGGUUUUUUACUCAAGUGUCUAUAUGAAUUUUUGUAGUAUCUGAAUCUGAAAUAUAUGUUUU